AUGCAACUUGACACCCAAGACUCAAACUUUGAACACCUAAAGUUCCAAACUUUGAAACUCAAUCACAAUUUCAAGUUUAACACAAACCCUAAAUCAUCAAAACACCAAAGAUUCAACCUUGGCUCUGGUACCAAUUACAUUGAUGAGUGUGCAGAUAUUACAAGUACCAGAUGCUCUGAAACUUGUAUAAACACUCCAGGUGGCUACAAUUGCUCUUGUCCAAAAGGAUAUCAUGGAGAUGGUUGGCUGAAUGGAACUUCUUGUGUUAGAGAUUCCGUAUCGGAUCAUCCGAAUGUAGCUGUAUAUGUGAGUGCAACUUUGGGAUCGCUACUCUUGCCUCCAAUUGGUUGGUGGUUAUUCAUAGUGAUCAGAAAAAGAAAGGCUAUCAAGCAAAAAGCUAGAAACUUUCAAAAAAAUGGUGGUUUAUUGUUGCAACAUCGUAUGUCAUCUGAUGAACAUAUAGUAGAAAGAACACAUUUCUUCACCAUUGACGAGUUGGAGAAAGCCACUGACCACUUUAAUGAGAGUAGGAUACUUGGACGAGGAGGCCAAGGUAUUGUUUAUAAAGGAAUGUUAGGUGAAGGGAGACUUAUUGCCGUAAAAAAGUCUAAGACAUUGAAUGAAAGCCAACAAGCAGAUUUUAUUAAUGAAGUGGUUAUCAUGUCUCAAAUAAUUCAUAGGAAUAUAGUCAGGUUACUCGGGUGUUGUUUGGAAUCGAAAGUCCCGUUACUAGUGUAUGAGUUUGUCCCAAAUGGAACACUUUUUAAUCAUCUACAUCAUCUUAAUGAAGAGUUUCCAAUCACAUGGAGAAUGCGCCUACAAAUUGCUUCCGAUUUAGCUGGAGCGCUUGCUUAUCUACAUUCCUUUUCUUAUGUUCCUAUACUACAUAGGGAUAUCAAAUCUUCCAACAUUCUCUUGGAUGAUAAGUAUAGGGCAAAGCUAUCGGAUUUUGGGUUAUCAAAAAGUGUGGCUCCUGAUCAAACCCAUGUAACUACUCGUGUUAUGGGAACAUUUGGUUAUUUGGAUCCUGAAUAUUCCCAGACUCACCGAUAUACCGAGAAGAGUGAUGUUUACAGUUUUGGUGUGGUCCUUGUUGAGCUUAUAACUGGACAAAAGGCAAUACGUGCUAUAAGUGAUCAAGAUAGAAGUUUGGUGUCAUGGUUUCUUUCUCAUAUGGAAAACUCUCAAUUCCUUGACAUGGUGGACCCUCAAUCGGUAAAGGAAAGUUUGAAGGAAGAGAUUUACACUAUUGCUGAUCUUGCAACACGAUGCUUGAAUCCGAAAGGUACGAGAAGACCCACUAUGAAAGAAGUUCUAUUAGUACUAGGGACAGAAGAGUCGCCCCAAACUAAUGUAGUAGAAAAAAACUCACAAUUCGAGCAAGUGUUAGAUGCUGGAACAACUAACAACUCAUACCAUGAAAAUGUUGCAACUUCCUCCACAUUUAGUAUGGAUACACGUUAUUGUCAAUCAGCUGAACUGUCUUUAUUAUUCAAUCCCAGAUGA